AUGAAAGGGCACCGUGACACUAAACACAUAAGUUUUGCAGUUGUAAAAUUUGUGGUGUCCUUUUUGUUAAUCAAUAUUUGUGCCAUUAGUGUAAGAAAAAAUGUAGAAAAAAUUAGAUUCAUCAUGCACCAAAAUGACGAUAAUGACAUACCGAUUGGGAAAGUAGUUCCUUACUUUUCGGAAGAGACAAACAUAUUCGAAAAUUACAUGGUCAAAAAGGUAAGCCAUGAGGACAAUAUUUGUAUAAACGCAAUUCGAAAUAAUAAGAACUUAAACGCACCUAUGGAAAAGAUGUUAGAGUUAGAAAAUGAAACGCAAGUCAUACAGGUAGGUAAUAAAAGAAACAUUUAUGGCUACACAAAUAAUCUUCUACGGGAUGGAAACUACCAACUGUCUAACAUUGCACUAACAUUUAAGGUACCCAUAAAUCAGGAAAUUUGUGAAUUUAACUCCUUUAAUAAUUACAUUCUUCAUAUUAACUAUUUAAAGAAGGUAAGUUUUGAAGAAAUCAAGACCAAGUUAGAAAAAGGCGUUUUUAUAUUCGUAACAUUACCUGAUGGCUAUGAUUUAAAUAAAUCCAUUGCUUCAUUUAUGGGGGAUAAAUAUUCUAUUUCCAAAGGUACACUAGAAAAUGACUACAUAAAAAUUGAUAUUACCCAUGUCAUCCAGUAUUCCAUAUGUCAGAAAGAAAAUCACAGCAAGGCUAACAAUUCGGCGGAGGGCAAUCCGAGUGAUAAUGUGGACAACUACCUAAUUGGGAAGAGCGUCGAAUUUGUUCUUCUUACUUCUCAUGAGUUGAGUGAUAUAAUUUUGUUUUCACCACAAAUGAAGGAUCCGCAGUUUUUGCAUAAUUAUAAAAAUAUGAGAAAUAUUGUGAAGCUCAAGAAAGCACUGAAAGAGAGGCAUUCUCAAUGGGAGGACUGGUCUCCAUGCUACAGCGUGUGCAGCGACGAUUUUUCAUACAGUUGCAGGCGGAAUAAAUGCAUGGAGGAAGAUGCAGACUUUUGCGAUAGAUAUUAUAACCUCAAAUUUCGGAAAUGCGAAUCGGCCGCUUGCCAAGUGUUGUUAAAAGAAAAAAUUAAUGAAGUCCCAAAGGAAGAUGUCCAGGAACGUGAGAAGGAAGAUGGCAAGGCUGAGGAAGUAAAAGAUCAAAAGGUUGAAGCCAGUGUUGAUGUCGGUGUUGAUGCCGUUUCGGCCAUAGGCACCGCAGCUGCUGAUGUUGCGGCGAACGAAGCGGAAAACAAAGAAGUAGAGGUGGAAAUGCAUGCGGCGGCUGACGAAGAUUAUUUAGACGCACUCAAAUUCAGGCGACGAAAGGAAAAGAAAGUGAAUUUCUUUAUGUGGAUAAUGAAUAAUAAAAAAAUGGCCCUAGGAUUAGUAUUAUUUUUACUGGGAGCUAUAAUUUUCGGAUGCAUAUAUUGCUAUGUAAGCUCCAGUCUAGGCUUUCAUAAGGAUGAAGAAUAUUGUGUGUCAAAGUACAGAGCUCAGGCAGUCAAUUAA